CUCCAUAGUCGGCGUGUGUGCUUUGAGUCGUUGGCACGACCGCUGUGCACAUCGUGCUGUGCUAUUCGCCGAGUAUUAAUUCAAUAUCGCUCGCGCAGGUACGAAUUAACCGCGUACCUUGUACUCUCCGCACUCAACAACAGAUCGUCCGCCCUGGACUGAUAAAAACCGAAAUAUUUUGUGUUCUAAAAGUGCGCAAGUGUGCGAGAUGAGUGCAGGUAAUAUUUAUCAUCAAAGCGAUAUAAAAACACUUACACUAAAGGAGAUUACGUGUUGAUAACGCCGAGUAUCAGUUAAUUAAUUCAUGAAGAUAACGCAAGCGAACAGCUUGUCAUGAUCUUGCAUUAGUUAGUGCGUAGGUGGAUGUGCAAUCGGAUUUCCACUUUUGCGGAACACUGUUACAGUUAUUGUGCGAAAAGGGAUUUAAAUUAAGUCAUAAUGUUUAAAAAGAACAAACUGAAAGCCAGCGCUGGCGGUCCCGUGCCUGAUGUGUUGGCAAACCGCAUCGAGAACAACAAUCAAACCAAUCAGCAGAAUCAGCAGAAGAGCAAUGGUGGCGUUAAAGGUACCGAAUUGGUAUUCCAUUGUCAGUUGGCCCACGGGUCGCCCACAGUGUUCGUGUCUGGAUUUUCGAACGUCAAAGAACUGUAUGCGAGGAUUGCACAACAGUUUGAAUUUCCCGAAAGCGAGAUUUUAUUCUGUACACUCAACACAUACAAAACGGACAUGAAGAAUUUACUUGCUGGACAAAUCGGACUUGAAGAUUUCAUUUUUGCACAUAAAAAAGGUAGACCAAAGGAAGUUGAGCUCACAAAAGAUGAGACCGCUUUGGGUCUGACCAUCACAGACAACGGUGCUGGAUACGCCUUCAUCAAACGCAUCAAAGAAGGAUCAGUCAUCAGCAAAAUUCCGCAUAUACAAGUGGGUGAUCACAUUGAGAAACUCGAUGGAGAACUCAUGAUUGGCAAGCGCCAUCACGAAGUGGCUCGUAUACUGAAAGCAAUUCCAAUGGGCUCGACAUUUAUGAUGCGUCUGGUUGAGCCGAUCCGGACUGGUUUCACAACGAUACAGCCCAAGUCGAACAAGAAGAUUGGCAAAUCAAUGGGCACUGGCAGAGAAACAUUACGUUUCAAAGCAGGAGGCAAUGCAGAAGUUGAAGAGAAGGACGAAAUGAUGGAAUUAGCGAUAGAAAAACUAAACUCUACUAUGGAGACCUUCCUGGGUAUCAACGACUCUGAGCUUGCUACACAAAUAUGGGAUAUUGCUGGAAAACAAAACUCGAUGGAAUUUGCGUAUGCUAUUGACAAUUCCGAUCUGCAAGAGUUUGGAUUUGAUGAUGAUAUGAUCAUCGAGCUGUGGGGCGUCAUUACUGACGCACGUUCGGGUCGAUUGCAAUGAAAGUGCCAAUUUAUUACUGUUAUUUAAUCAAUUGGGCAAUGUUAGGCUCAUAUUAUAUAUAAACGAAGUUCGAUCAAUCUAAAACAUGUGAAAUAUGUCCAUACAGCGGCAUCAGGCAACAAUUGUUCUACUUAAAAGUAUUUAUUUUACAUUCCUUUAACUUUGCUAUAAUAUCAUAGAUUUAAAUCAUUUUAGUCAAAUUUAAUGAGGUGGAACGAAGUUCAUAAACAGAAUGAUGAUUGUAUUGUUGUAAUUUCUUUGAUUAAUUGUAUAAAAAGAACAGUUUUUAGUUUUAUUUUCUCUAAAUGCUAUAUUAAAGUUGUGAGAUGAUUGUGAAGUAUAAAAGACAAUGUAAAACAUAUUAUUUGAUUCUCUAGUCCGAUUUAAGCGCAUUUUUGAUAGCACACAAGUUGCUUCACUGUUUACUAUGCAUUUUCAUCCACUAAGUGGCCUUAAACCUAACAGAAAUCAAUUAAAAUGUAAAAUAUUCAA